AUGUCCGAGGACAACAGGGAUCAUCGUCGCAUGUCAUCGUCCUCUAGCCAUGAAGCGAUGUCCUCUCCAAUACCUACGAAUGUACAGGUGGCAGUACGUUGCCGCCCUCUCAACAGUCGUGAAAAGGCUAUGGGACGUGGCGCUGUGGUGCAAUGCAAACCCAAUUCGAAUGAGGUGGCUGUGAUUAAACGCAAGACAUACACAUUUGACCGUGUAUAUGGCCAAUAUUCGACGCAAAAGGACGUAUUUACGUCUAUUGUGCGCCCUGCCGUUGACGAAGCGCUGGCUGGGUAUAAUUGUACGGUCUUUGCCUAUGGCCAGACGGGCACUGGGAAAACUUACACGAUGCAGGGCGAUUUGUAUCCGACAAGCGAGACAGCUGGUAUUAUACCACGUAGUGUGCACUACAUAUUCGACUCAUUAGAGGCUAGCAGGGAGGAAUUUAGCGUCCGCGUGUCCUUUUUGCAAUUGUACAACGAAGAACUUAAGGACUUGCUAGACCCCGAUACCGACAAAAAGUUGAGACUUAUGGAGGACACAAAGAAGGGUGGAAUCUACUGCAUGAACUUGUUAGAAGUCACAGCAACGACCGCUAAGCAUGUUUAUGAACUUGUUAAUACUGGUGUGAAAAACCGCAUCACAUCCGAGACGCUGAUGAACGAGAAUUCUAGUCGAUCGCAUAGCAUUUUUACCAUUAGAAUUCAUAGCAAGGAGCACAAUGCGACCGGUGAGGACCUGCUGCGUGUAGGCCAGCUAAAUCUUGUAGAUCUUGCAGGCUCGGAGUGCGUUGGUCGAUCGGGUGCCCGUAACGCCAGAGCGCGCGAAGCAGGAACGAUAAAUCAAAGCUUGUUGACGCUUGGACGUGUGAUUACGGCUCUCGUAGACAACCUUCCACAUGUUCCGUACCGUGAUAGUAAGCUUACGCGCUUGCUACAAGAAUCCCUUGGAGGAAGAGCAAAAACGACAAUUAUUGCAACGGUAGCGCCAUGUGCGGAUAGUCUUGACGAGUCUUUAAGUACUCUGGAGUAUGCUUUCCGCGCCAAGAAUAUCAAGAAUAAGCCUGAAUUAAAUCAAAAAAUGACUAAGGCUGGAUUACUGAAUGAUUUUGGGAGCGAGAUCGAGACACUCCGCGCUGCUUUGCGUGCUGCGAGACUGAAAGAUGGCGUGUAUUUACCACUGGAGCAAUUUACCGACAUGCAAGAGCGGAUGGCAGGUCAGAGCGCGCAAUUAACGGAGCUAGAAGAGAUGCUUAAGGCGAGAAAUUCAUCUUGCAAAGAGCUCGAAGAAGUUGCUGACAAAUAUGCAAGUGAAGUGGCAGAGUUAACUCUUGCGAAGGAUGAGGUAAGCAACAAGCUCGGUGCCGUCGAAAAUGAAUUGUCAUCAACCAAAGAAGCGCUGCAACAGUCAACACAAAAGCUGCAUCAAGUACAUGUUGUGCUGAAGGCUUUUAAAGCCAAUGAAAAAGAGCUAUUGAAUAAUGGAGCCACUGCGGCGACGUUGUACCGAGCCAGUGAGACGCGAUCCGCUCAGCUUUUGAAGAAGAUUGAGAAUGCUCAGCACGACGCAGAAACGAAUUCCGCACUUGCGAAUUCGUUUCGUAGUGAAUCGUUGUUGCAACUAAAUGCAUUUUUAGAAAAGAUGGCAAAACACAAAGAAAGUCAAGACGACAUGUAUCAUGAUUUGAAAAAUGCUCUCCAAGAGUUGCAGACCUCUCAAGCAACAGAUUUGAACAAUUUAUUCACGACGAUCAAUGCACUUGAAAGCCUUGUUGAAGCACGUAGAGUGGAGACCCUACAGGUGCUCGCAAGAGACGAUGCCCAAAAGCGUUUUCAGCGUGAAGAGAUGACCGGUUCAAUUAAAAAUCAGCAAGAAACGAUGCAACUGCACUUGGUUGAAUUUGUCGCAAGGCUUAAGAGUCACGCUACAGCUCUCAUGGAGGACUUGGCGUUAUCGAAGUCGAAAAAUUUGUCAUCACUAGACAGCGUGCAAUCAUUACUGGAAAUUUCACGCGAAGAAUAUAGCAGCUUUUUUAAUGAGCAGAGCCAUAAAUUGCUAGAAUUUCAGAGUGCUAUUGACAUAUCGAUUGAAAAGCUGUCAGAAGAACUGAAUGAUAAUAAGGUAGCAAUAACAGCUGCGCUGAAGGACAAUCACGUUCAGCAGCAAGAGGAACUGAGUAACAUGAAGACACUUGUGGCUCAGUGUAUCGAUAGGUGCAUUCAAAACCAGAAACAGAAGUUUGACGAUCAGACCCAGCUCAUCAAAGAAAAUGCAAAGAAGCAACACAAACAGCUAUUGUCUGUCCAAACCAUGACUGAACAAAAGGUGAAAAGCUGCGUACAGGACAUGAGCUCUCAGAAUUUCAAGCAUGAGAGCGAAACGGCUAAGGUUCGGGAUAAGUUAUCUGAGAUGCGAGGUCAAGUUGAAGAAACAAAUACACGGCAAACAGAGCUUGUUCAGACGCAAGAGCGAGUGCAAAUUUUGUGGAGCAACGAUGCAGCCAAACUUGGUAAAAGUCACGUUGAAGACGUGACGAUACUAUUAGAAAAACAUACAAAAAGUGAUGCUGAGGAAUUGUGCAAGAAGCAGAUACAACUAACGCAAUUUAUGGAUGACCACAAAGAUCUUCAACAGCAUUUAAACGGUGGGUGCAAGUCAUCAGAAGAAGGUAUUAAAGUGCACAUCGCAAAUACAAAGGAAAAAGUUAAGUCGGUUUCGGAGCUUGGGAAGAAAAUGAUUGGUGAGGCCACUGAUGCCUCCGCUCAACAACUGAAUGCGAUGGAAACAUUCAUGAAGAAAAGAAAGAUGAACGCACGGACGGAAACAACUCCAAUAAAAACUGACAGGCUUUCAUUUCCAGCUUUUCAAGCCACUCAAGUAUCAGCGGAUCAACUUGAGAUUUUAGAAGACCUGACAAUAUCUCCAGGAAGGAUAACAAAUUCCAGUCAAAAGCGGAGGAAAUUAAGCGACGUCGAAUCGAGUCCACGUGCGAAUAGUGACGUCACGCCUGUCAUGGAAGACGCACCUAUACAUGCCAAAAGCGAUUAUCCAGUCAAUAUUGAGCUGACAACCGAAAAUUCAUUAGCGUUGCCUUCAAUGAGCAGAAGACAAGAUCCAUUGCUAGUAUCAGAUAGCAAGUCGUGUGAAAAAGCUACCGUUAGUACUGCCAAAGAAAUCAGCACCACCCCAUCCAAGCUUAAAAAAUACGAAAGGUCGUCAAAGCGUCCGCUCUUGCCGCACCGAAGCGGUAUCAAGUCAAGACACCCUUGGCAGAGUCCACAAACUCCCGCUAGUUCCAUGGUAAUGGAUGAAGAAGAAUGGGAAAAAGCCGAUAUGGCCACAACGAAGGUAAUACCUGUGAAGCUACCGCGAAGCAAACGACGCCACUUGACAGCAUUUCUGUGCCUGUGCGUCUCUACUAUCUGUUACGCAGACCGCACAAACAUGGGCAUUGCGCUUCCAGCGUUUGUGACAAAUAAAGGGGAGCAGGGCAAAGUGUUGUCUGCAUUUUUUUACGGUUAUAUGUGCACCCAGAUCCCAGGAGGGUAUUUUGCUGCUAUAGUUGGUGCAAAGUCUGUGUUGUUGACAGGAGUUAUUGUCUGGACGCUAUUUGAUUUGUCAACGGUUUUGGUGUCAAAAUGCCUUACGUGCCUAUAUCUUACAAGAGCAGGGAUGGGGCUUGGAGAGGGUAUUCUAUUCCCGUGUAUGCACCAAAUUGCUGGUGCAUGGUACCCUGUGCAAGAGCGGAGUCGCCUUGUAUCGCUAGUGGCAAGCGGUUCGGACUUAGGCACUAUCUCUGCACUGAUCAUUUCGCCUUAUAUAAUGGCAGCUGGUGGCUGGCAACGCAUCUUCGUUGUGUUCGGUGUUUUAAGCCUCGGUUGGGUCAUGGUCUAUGCAAUAAUGGGAGUUAGUCGACCUGAAAACGAUCCUAAUAUCACCACGGAGGAACGAAACUUCAUUGUUAGGAAUCGAACAGUGAAUGUGAACGCUUAUCGUCAUCAGAGCUCACGCGCUGGAAAAGACACUCAUGCAAUCAAUUGGCGCGUGUUGCUGACCUCGCGGCCAGCAUGGGCAAUCUAUAUUGCACACAUGUGUUACAAUUACAGCUGGUACAUUCUGUUGGGCUGGAUUCCACAGUAUUUUAAUCAAGCACUGGAUUUUGACCUGACCAAAAAAGGCGGAUUGGCUGCUGCGACACCCUAUAUGUGUGGUUACAUCGGAACGCUUCUGUUCGGAAGAAUUGGAGAUCUGCUGGUUGCUCGUGGGUACCGUGAGCUGCACGUACGUCAAGCCAUGAACGCAUUUUCAUUUCUCGGAUGCGCAUCCUUUCUGUUCUCUCUUCGCUUUGCGAGGACUGCCCCCAUGGCAGUAGCUUUAAUGUGUCUAACCCUUUUUACUAGUCGAGCUGCAAUGGCUGGAUACUGGGUUAACAUGAUCGACGUGGCACCUCAACACGCUGCACACGUAAUGGGAAUCUCGAAUACUUUUGGAACCAUACCUGGUAUAAUUGGCAAUGUGGUCACGGGCGCAAUACUACAAGCAUCAGGCUCGUGGGACCUCGUCUUUGCGAUUGCUGCACUUGUUCUUAUCUUUGGUGCUGUAUUCUUUCACUUUAAUGCGUCUGAUACAUCCAUAUACGCACAGAUCGGACACGGUAGCAACAGGUACAGCACUUCCAGCACCACAUCAAGUACUUUUUUUGGUAGCCCUUACCUUUCAGCCUCAAUUUCUGAGCUUCGAGAUGAAGAGGAGAAGCUUCUCGACAGCUCGACGUAA